UACCAACAGUCCUCUCAGGCUUUUUUCAUGUUUUGCAGACUUGACAAAUAAGCUGGCGGUGACCAGCCUCACAGCUUUGUAUGCACGAGUGGUCCUCUGGUUCUGCUGGUCCCGUCUCCUGCCAGAGGGCUCAGGUGAUGAGAUGCGUUUCUCUAGACCUUUCUACAAUUCUCCUCUGAUUCAGAGCUACUACGUGGCUCAUCGACAGAAACUUGAGUGUUUAUCAAGAGGCAAAUGGGACUCUGACUGCCUGAUGGUCGAUGGGAUGGUUUCCCAGUUCGGAGAGCAAGUUGAGGAGCUGUGGCGGGGGGAUGAAGGCGGAACUGGGAAAUACCCACCUCCUAGUUUACGGGCACUGCUGGAGCUCUAUUUGCUAGAAGGCGUUGAAGAAAGCCACAAACAUGCAAUCACAAUUUACUUGCUGCUAGACAUCACGCAUUCCUCUCCAAAUAAAACAGAAACUUCAGUCGACUCCUUCGCAGCCGCCUUUGCCAUCCCUUUGGGCCUUGUUAAGCUUAUUCAAGGUUUUUGGUUUCUAGACCACAAGGAUUAUGAUAAUUCCCUGGCCCUGCUCUUUGAACCAGCUGCAAUCAAACCUGUGUCGUGGCAAGACGUGAGAAUUCUUCAGUCCCUCAUGUGCCAAGGAGAGCAUGGGCGAGCCCUCACCUACCUGCAGGUGAUGAAGCCACCAUUCGCAAGCAGUCGUGAAGCGCGGCUUUUCCUCACUGUGCUGUUGUCCAAUAGGUGCAUGGCGGAGGCUUGGGGUCUGCUGCAGCAACACACCACUAAGAUAAACGUGGAAGAGCUAUGAAGAGACAUGUAUGACAUCUGUCGGGAGAUGGGACUAGUGGGAGACUUCCUGAAGCUGCCUUUCACAGACUCU